AUGUGUAAAGGUGAAUCUGUGAACUUGAUGUGCCAUUCAACCCACAGCAUCCUUCCUAAUGCCACCUGUGUCUGGUACAAAGAUAACACUAGUCUGGGGCCGUUCCGGCGGGAGCUGGUGUUUGAGAGCAUCGCAGCAAAGCAUGCUGGGGAAUAUCACGGCGAGGUUCAGGGCAUGGCUGGGACAUCCUGCCUCUCCUCCGUCACCAUCUCUGUCCUGGGAGCCGGGGGUACAUCUGGAUGGGCGGUCCCUGAUUUUGGCAACAUCUACCACGUCUCAGGUGUUAUCGACCUGCCGUUCGCUGAAAUCCGGGAGCCCUUUGAAGCCUGGUACAACCAGACGGGAGAGAAGAGCCGGAUCCAGUACUACCACGGGCAAGUGGUCACCUUCCAAUACGGGGCAGAGAAGCUGUUUGGUGCCCUCUACAAGAUCACCCCAGAGACCACGGAGCUGGAGCUGAACGUCCGGAAGUGCUUCCGGAUCAGCGGCAGCCCUCGGAAGCGCGUCUAUCCGCAGAGCGUCUUCCCCAGGCUGGACGGCUUCAAGCCCGUGCGGGAGGAGUCCUACAAAGGGCAGCUCUGCACCGUGUGGCAGAACGUGUCCUACUGGGGCUGGAAGAAGAACGUCUACACCCUGUGGGUGGCCAGCUCCGCCGACGGCCCCGUGCCCGUCCACUACGAGAUGCGGGGCUUCAACAGCCUGCUGGGCUCCCACUACGACAAGUACGAGCUCGACUACAGCGGCUUCGCCCGCAGCUACCCAGCCAGGGUCUUGGACCUCCCACGCGACAUGGAGUGCAAGUUUCCUCCGGGAGACGGAGUGGAGCAUCGGAUCCUCGCCAACCCCAUGUGGGAUUUCGUGGGCAGGCAGGCGGAUCGAGGCCAUCAGCUGUUCCAUCACUACCGGCGGGAGUACAGGAAGGAGUACGGCAGCGAGAAGGAGCUGGAGCGCAGGGCACAAACCUUCAUUCACAACAUGAGGUUCGUCCACUCCAAGAAUCGGGCCAACCUGCCCUACAGGCUGGUGCUGAACCACCUGGCCGACCGCACCCCGGAGGAGAUGGCCGUGCUGCGGGGGCGGCUGCAGGACCAAAGUCCCGACAACGGGCAGCCCUUCCCACUGGCGCCGUACGCUGGCAUCAUCCUGCCUGAGAGCCUGGACUGGAGGCUGUACGGCGCGGUGACCCCAGUGAAGGACCAAGCUCUGUGUGGCUCCUGCUGGAGCUUUGCUGCUACAGGAGGAUUAGAAGGUGCCCUGUUCCUCAAGACCGGAGGCCUGACCCUCCUGUCUCAGCAAGCCCUGAUCGACUGCUCCUGGGGCUUCGGGAACCACGGCUGCGACGGCGGCCUCCCUUGGCGGGCCUUUAAAUGGGUCAAGAAGCACGGUGGCAUACCGAGCGCCGAGGCCUACGGGCCAUACAGGGGCCAGAACGGAUACUGCCACUACAACUCUACUGAGCUCCUUGCCAACAUCACGGGCUACGUCAACGUCACUGCCCUGAGAGCCGCCGUCUUCAAGAACGGCCCCGUGGCCGUCAGCAUCGACGCCUCCCUCAAGUCGUUCAUCUUUUACUCCAACGGCAUCUACUACGAUCCCCAGUGUGGGAAUACCAGCAGGAGCUUGAACCACGCGGUGCUGGCCGUGGGCUACGGGGUCCUGCAAGAGGAGAGCUAUUGGCUCAUCAAAAACUCCUGGUCCACCUUCUGGGGUAACGACGGCUACAUCCUCCUGUCCAUGCAGGACAACAACUGCGGGGUGGCGACCGCGGCAACGUACCCCGUCCUGGCCUGAUCUCCAGCCGCUCCUGGGUCAGAGGGAAGCGCGCUGGCCUCGGGAUGCUGGUCCUUAGCAGUCUGCGCGUUAUCUGCGCUUGCUUGUGCUCUGGACGGGACCAAGCCGGGCUGCUUUAGCGCCUGAUGCUGCAUGGCCUAGGCACUUGCUGGUUCAUGCUGAGUGCCCUGAAAUCCCAGGGAAGCCAAAUGGGAGCUGAGGGCAACUAGGGUCUCCUCUCGCUGGGGCGGAUUUCAGCCCAGCCCAGGGUGUGCUGCAAUACGAGGUGUGACUGCAAGCCCAGGUCGGCAGACCCGAGCGAAGUUGGAUCUAGCUAGCCGCAGUCUCGGCGAGCCUUGAUCUAGCGAGAUCAAAGCUGGCUCGAGUAACACCGCCAGUGUCGCCACGGCAGCCUCCCGAGUCCCCUCCCUGGGUGCUGACUCCAGCAGCUAGCCUGUGCCGCCGCCCACGCGGCUGCUGUUACUCAAGCUGGCUUUGAUCUAGCUAAAUCAAAGCUAGCUGGGCUCUGCCUACAGGUGUGGCAAGCUCCCCUCCUGGUUGCAGCACCCACAUGCGAAGAGCCCUUUGCGGAGCUUUGCAAUGCUUUAGGUAGGGAGUGUUCCUGGCACCGGAGAAGUCAGACCAGCUGCUGUGGGUGGGGGGAGCCCUAGCUCCGGCAGGAAACUGAAAGGAGGGGUUCUCUGGAUGGUGCUCCGGCCCCUCUUCCCCUCUCUCCCUGUAGUUGGCUAGCAAUCUGGUGAGUUACAGUAACUAGGGCAAC